AACAAGGAUAACAUUUUCUUGAGGGAAAAAACCACCGUAGCAAAAGUUUGUUUUGACAGUGGUGUAAUUAUUUCGUGCACAUUGAUUUAUUAUGUCUCCUACACGCGGGUGUUGUGUUUGCCUAAACCCUAAGAUGACUAAGCCUUUACGAUAGCUAUCAAUCCUUCGUUCUGCAGUUGGAAGUAGUGCUCGCUUUCAAUGUCGCAGGCGCACCGAGCGCCAAAUAAAUUACUACCGGCUGGUUGUGCACUAUUAGUCAUUGGGAUAAUUUUGUGCUUGAUCUAAUGAACACUUUUCAAGCGACGAAGAGGUUUUCAUGCUACCUAUUAUCAUUUGGUGAAUGGAUUUGCAAGAUUUUAACUUUUAAUGUUAAUCCCCAACAUCUUGUCGAACAGCUUAACUCUAGUGUCUGAUAUAAAUGUUUUUAUUUUAUGCGAUCUGUUCACGCACUGACUCAUUCGUCCAUCGCCGUUUGGAUUGAAAAACAUAAACCCUAGCCACAGUUCUUGGAAACCAAAAAAAAAAAACACACCGGUUCACUGUCUGUGUUUAUCGGCGUGCCAUGAGUACCAUAUUGCGCGCCGGAUCUGUUCGUUUGUCGGUGACGGCGUCUUACUUGCAAGAUCACGCCGCCGCUUGCUUACUGUGCCGCCUGAACCCAUUGCGUCACAUUUGCGAAGGAAACUGUACGCGAAUGGCACACUCGCACAGCAGCACCUGUCACCCAAAAUUCGAUGACAUGAAAAAUGAAAAGAAACAAUUUUCAGAACUGCUACGCAGCAUUACUGUCGCCAGUGAUCCAGAUCCGAGAGGAGGAAGCAACAGCAAAAAAAAAUUACAACAGUAAUCCCCAUUAUAUACAUCAACACUGUUGGUUGUAGGGGUAGUAGAAUUGGCAAGCCAAAAAAAAAAAAUCCAUCUGUUUUUUAAACUGCUGACUCUUGGUUCCGAUGAAACGUACGCCAACUCUUCUGCAGCUUCUGCUAGCGAAACGUGGAAGAUGAUCAUUGUCAUGUCAUGAAUUUAUUUUUAUGUUGUCCGAUCACCGUCAUCGUCGCAAGCGCAGCACGAACGCACGUGUUUCAUGUUCGUUUAGCUCUCGUGUGCGAACGUGUGGUGAAAAAUUCUGAUAAUCAUUCCCGCAAGCACCUGCGCCCCAUCCGCGAUCGAUCAGGUACUGAAAGGAGAGUAUGUGUCAUGUGCUCUUGUAAAGAUAGCUUAUUCGUGAAUUAACAGUAUCAAUUAUUUGUGUUGAGUAUAAUUGGUUUAAUUUAUUAAUUCAUUUUGCUAGUAUAAAACACGUACUUUCUUGUCGCUCACACAGCAAAGCUGACGUACAUCCAUCUCGUUAAACAAAUUAUUUCUUGACCUCUGCCCCUUUCUAAAUGCCCUCACGCGAGAUCACGUUGCUUCAGGUUGUGGCUUUCUUGUGUCCAUUUUCCUCUACCAAACGCACACCAAUGUAGAAGUUAGUGUCAAUUUUCCGACCACAAAAACGAGAUCCCUCAAUCUGCAGAAGAGAACGUAACGUCCACCGGGAGCAAGAGAGCUUCAACGAUGUUUGAUCGCCGGGAGACAGCGAGAGUCUCUAGUGACCUCUAUCCCCUGCACCAAGCGAGAGGAAAAGAGAAACCGAAAAAGAGUAUUGGAAAAUUUUACCAUAUCCCCAAUAUUCCCAACGGUACCAGUUUUCGCCUCACGCAAGUACCCGCAAGUCGUACGUGAACCAACGUCGGUGUGACAUUACGAUUCGUGAUCAUUGGAGGUUCGUUCACGUAAUCGGUGAAGAUAUACGCCAAGAAAUGCCACCAGUAGCAACUCAACGCCCAUACGUGGAGAUCACGGAACAGCCGCAUCCGAAGGCGCUGCGGUUUCGCUAUGAGUGCGAAGGACGUUCGGCCGGUUCGAUUCCCGGCGUCAGUACAACGUCCGAACACAAAACGUUCCCCAGCAUACAGGUGCACGGUUACCGGGGACGUGCGGUCGUUGUGGUGUCCUGCGUCACCAAGGAAGGGCCCGAUCACAAACCGCAUCCGCACAAUCUGGUCGGUAAGGAGGGCUGCAAGAAGGGCGUUUGUACGGUUGAGAUCAACAGUACUACCAUGAGCUACACGUUCAACAAUCUGGGUAUACAGUGCGUGAAGAAGAAGGACGUUGAGGAGGCACUUCGUUUGCGCCAAGAAAUUCGGGUCGAUCCGUACAGAACUGGAUUUGGCCACGCCAAGGAACCCGGCUCGAUCGACCUUAACGCUGUCCGUCUGUGCUUCCAGGUGUUUCUCGAAGGUCAACAGCGUGGACGCUUCACGGAGCCGCUUGCUCCGGUAGUGUCGGAUAUUAUCUACGAUAAGAAGGCUAUGUCCGAUCUGAUCAUCUGCCGGUUGAGCGACUGCUGUGCUCCGACGUCCGGUGGAAAGGAGAUCAUUCUGCUCUGUGAGAAAGUGGUCAAGGAGGACAUCAAGGUGCGGUUCUUCGAAAAGAAGGGCAAUAUUACGGUAUGGGAGAACUAUGCAGAGUUUUCGCACACCGAUGUACACAAGCAAGUUGCCAUCAGCUUCCGCACACCACCGUACAAAGCGAUUGAAAUAAGUGAUCCUGUGCGAGUUUACGUGCAGUUGGAGCGACCAUCGGACAACACGUACUCGGAUGCUCGAGAUUUCCAGUUUAUACCACUAGACUCAGGUAGGCGCCGAUUUUCCGCACUACAUCGUGAACUCAUGAAAAAUCCCAACGCCGAUUCUCCCGAGAAUCAGCUGUUCAAGCGCAUCCUGCUCGAGGGGUCGAACAGAUCGGUCCUGGAGCAGCAGACACACGUGGUUAAGCCCAUUAAUGGUCCCUCUUUGCGUACCGAGGAAGUGAUCGUACUUGACACUCCGAACGUUGAGGAUAAGCCGUUCGUCGCAGAAACGGUAACCAGCGACCAGAAAACGACCGAAUGGAUACAACGAAACGAAUUCAACGUGACAGCCAACAAUGGGAACACCAUCGGCAGUGGUAGUUCCUCAGGCGAUGACAAUCAAAUGAUCACCGGUGACACUAACAACAAUGUUUAUCAGCCAAAUUCGUUCGAUCUGCCCGAUGGCACCAUGCACAACACAGACGCAAAUGCGAAUGGACUCUCCGCUGCUGCUGCUGCUACUUCUGCUGCUGCUGGUUCUGCCGCUGUACCGGACGAUGAUCAGACUUUAAAGGAGCUGUUGGAGCAGGUGGCUGAACUGGACGAGAUCUACACCGAUCAUCAGUUGCGUCGCGAAAACUUGAUACUGGAGCAGGAGUUGAAAACGCUCGAACAAACGGUACCAGUCCAGCUCGGAUCACCUGGCGGUCAACCGAUGGACAUAGACGAGGUGUUUGAUGAUGCUGCCACUUACACCAGCCUUCAGCGGGCCUUCAAGAAUCCGCUCUCGAUUACGCUUGGUCCGCCGAUUCCACCGAGACCGGAGCAUGCAAAGUUGGAUGCGGGUGUGUACGAUGCGGUGGAACCACUCCAUGUACCCACAAUCGAUGUAACCUCGCUGAAGCGUGAGUCGCAAGAAAUGGAAAAGCUACCACCAUUGCCACCGAAGCGUGCCAAACCGAGUGUUCAAAACAAGGAAAACAACGCGCUGGAUGCCAACGACGAGGUGCUUUUGAAUACGAUCAUACGCAAAGGUUCGAUGCGCAGUUUGGCACCUCGUCCACAGUCCGAUCAGAUCAUUAUCAUGAAAUCUCCCGAUAGUCCGCUGAAUAAGAAACUUCCUCCGACGCCACCCAGCUCACCCUCGAAGGGUUCUUCGACGGCCGGAGGAACGGCACCUGCCGGAGACUUCAAUACGCUGCCCAAGAACAGCAAUAAAAAGCCGGGAUUUUUCUCAAAGUUGUUCUCGCGCAAGAAAAGCAAAUCAGACCUAACGGCCAGCACUAAUACGCUCAAUCGCAAGAACGCAUCCGGUGCGUCCAAAGAACCAAGCCUAACGGUGGACUUUGAGGGCAAUGAGGGUUCGUCACCACACCGUAAAGGAUCGCUACGCGAUUCGUCGUCGGGUGACAAGCGAAAGGCCGGAAAGCCGGUCGCUCGGAGCGUGAGUAGCGUUAGUGCCCGCCGACCAACGUCGGAUGCCAAUCCGGAUUAUAUCUAUAUCCCGCUGAAGGGUGAUGGACCGACGGGCGGUAUGCAAUCGCGCAAUGGUGGCAGUGGAACGCACCUCUCCCUACCGGGCAAUGAUUCGUACGAGCGAGCUAGUACGGCUUCAUUGCCACCGCUCGAUCGCAAAGCGGUCAGUGCCUUGCAGCUGGAUGUACCGAUUCAGGACGGUAAUCUGGAGCUAGUGGCGAUUGCUGAUGCGCGCAGCAUAAAGAAUCUAGUCGAGGGCAACUAUGGCGUUCAGCUGGACCCGAACGUAGAUCUGACGGAGGCGGAACACUUUGCACUUUACACCUCGAUUGCGCCGAACGCCGCGCUCAGCGAAUUUGAUGAAACUUCCUGCUAUUAUGCGCCGGUAGAACCAAGUCCACUGAUCACCACCUCCCAACAGUAUCCGGCGAACCAGCAGAACCAGCUGCAGCAGCAACAGCAGCAGCACCCGAGCCAAAUUACACGGAUGGUCACCGAUAGUGAUGUUUGAGAGGAACUGAUACAUUUUAUUUUUGAUCCACUUUUAUGCCCUGAGCUACUCCAGAGCAAUGAUUUCUUGUGCAUAUCAUAGCAACAACGAUCGCAACAGCAAUCGUUCCACGAUCAUCAACCAUAUACAUAGUUACCAUCAUCGCGGCACACCUGUACUAAUGUAAUCUUUUCUUUUUUUUUCGCAUUUUUUUUCGGUUACUGCCCUCCACAAUACACACACGCACACGGGCGCAAAUCUGCUUGAUACCAAACAAAAAAAACCCC